AUGUCACAAGAUUCGCUUAAUACAUCCACAUUAACGAAUAUAAAUGAGUCGGGUACCCAAACUAGAUCGCAUCUACCUGUGCUUCUUAAUCCUCUCCUAAAUUCCAUAUUCAAUUGUCCUGAUCCCUCUUCUUCCCCACUUAAAAAGAUCUUUAAAAAGAUCACUCAACAGGAUUCCCAGAAAUUUGCAUUAAUAGUACCACAAUCAUACACUUUAUAUAACUUCAAGGAUGCUCAUUCAGAUACAAAAUUUUCUGAUCUUUGUCAUUAUGAUGUUCCCUUUUUAUCUUCGCAUAUCAUCCAAUUAGAUCAAAAAUAUAAGACAAUGAAUCCUUUAAUACAUACUAAUGAAGUCAAAUAUGAGUUUGAAACGUUGAGUAACAUUUCCUUAAGUAUAAACUUUGGUAAGAAAUCAUUAUAUGUGGUCAACGAUUCACACAUGGAUAAACGAUUUAAGAUUUUAAAAGUGAUUACUUUCACCAAUUUUAAUGAUUAUUUCCCUGAUAGAUAUUAUACAGUGAUAUUCAUUGAUCAACCCCUGAUUGACCCAAAAAGAAUAAUACCAGAUGAUUCCUAUUUAAUAAAAUCUCAAUCCAUCGAAACGAUGAAAGGCAACAAAUCAGAUAAUAACAAUAAAAAAAUAAACACUUUAAGUCAGGAUAUAUCCCAGCAUAAUAGGGCCACUUUUGAAAAAAUUGUUCAUUCAAAUCAACGAUGGGUACAGUAUUUUAAGACUGCAUUUGAACAAUUUUUAUCUGAUAUUAGUGCCACUGAGAAUGAAAAUUCCACAAAUAAUCUGGGUGCAUUGUCUGAUAAAUUUCAAAUAAUGGUGAACCAUUCUAUUAGUAUGACCAAAAAUGAAAUUUUGUUUAAACUUAUUGGUUCUGACCUCCCUAGAGUGGUACGAGAUUACAUGGAAGAAAAACUAUAUAGUGCCAUAUGGAAUGAAUUGCAGGUUCUUGAUGGAACUGAGAAAUCUGAGUUGUCUGAGUUGUCUGAGGUAUUUUAUAGUUUAGACUAUCUAUCCAUUGAUCAACUAGACACAGAUCUGUAUACAUCUGAUUUUCAAAAAUUUAAAUUAUCACUUAUUGUGAAGUUAGAAAAAAAUAUAAAUCAAGCAAUUGAGAUGUUUGCACAUUUCAAAAAAACCAAUACAUUCUUUGAAAAGACAAAAAUAUUAACACGAACAUUGCAAACUUUAUCGACACCCCUAGAAGAUAUUCCAAUUGACGCCGAUACUCUAUUGAGUUUACUUGUUUUGGUGAUUAAUAAGACUCAGACAAAACAUUUAAGAUGUCAUAUUCAAUAUUUGCAGAAUUUUUAUUACAGCGAUGAUGGAUCUAACCCCACCAAGUUUGGAAUCUUAGGUUAUUCUAUUUCUACAUUGGAGGCAGUCGCUUUUUAUUUAGAAGAUAUGAAUAAUGAAAAAUUUUUACACCUGAAGGAGAUUCACGAAAAGAAAAUAAAAGAGUUGCUUGAAGUCAUUAAAAUGGAGAAAAGUUCUAAAAUGACAUUUAACUUGGAUGACUAUAGAGAUGUUUUAAAAUACAGAACAGAAAAGGGGGAAUCGAUAAUAAGCCUCUGUAUCUGUAAUUCUAAGAAUACUAUACUGGAACAGUUAUUAGAUAGUUUCCAAACUGAGAUCACUUUGGAUGAUCUAUUGGAGGAUGAAAAUAUUGAAGGUGAUACGUUGCUACUUCAGGCUCUUAAGUAUGGUAACUAUGAGGCAACUGCAUUAUUAUUAAACCUCUUAUUGGAUAAUUGUACGACAUAUGAGAUAAAGUUAUACUUAAACAAACGAAAUAAUGCGCAGAGAACAGUGGGACAUCAUCUUUCAGACCAAAGUAGUCUUGUAGAGAAAAUAGGCAAAUAUAUUAAUUGGAGUCUUAAGGAUGCUACCGGGAAGACUCCCCUGUUCACAAUUUUCCGAUCUUAUGACCAAGUUAAUUACUCCGAAAUGAUAGCAGGAGCACUUAGGGUAGCAGAACAGUCGCAGUAUGGGUAUAUCUACAAUGAUCACACUGAUCCGAAUGGUAAUACUUUACUUCAUAUAAUAAAAACAGAUGUGAAACUCCUGUUAGACUCGAAAAUCUUAAUAAACAUUAACCAGAAGAAUAGAAAAGGUUUAACACCAUUGAUGAUAUAUCUAAAAUAUGACAGACUUGAUAAUGUUAAAAAUAUAUUAAAUGAUAAAAGACUUAAUUGUCUCAACCAAUAUGACACAAAAAAGUAUUUGACAUGUUACGAAUAUAUGAGAAAUCCAGAAAUAUUGGAAAUGUUUACUAAAUAUCAUAUAAAAAAUACAUCUGUAUUCCAUCACUGCAUAUGUCAUUCAUUAAGAAUAUAUUCUAACCAGACAAUAGGUGGUUCAAUCCAGUCAUGUUCUUUACAGAUUUCAGUGUUAAAUAAGGAAGGUAAUAUAUCUAAUAUUGCGCUGAACGUAAAGGUUCUAAAAAAUAUUUUUAAACUCAUCUUAAAAAAGAAACCUUUGACAUUUGUUCCAAUAGAAAACUUAUUAAACGAAAUAAAUGUGUUAUUAAAUAUGUCAACUAAUACUUGGCUCAUAGAUAAUAUAACUACUUUUCAUAGACUUCAAAAUCGAGAAUAUUUGUUAUCAAACAUGACAAAUUGUCUCGAUACAUUGAUAGAGCUGGAAUAUAUUCCUGAAGAGAUUUUUCAGAGUGAUGCUAGCACUUUACUGUGGAUAAAACAGUGUAAAGAUGAAUUGAACAUAAAUCAUAAAUCAGAGAAGACUAUAGGACUGGAACCCGAAGGAAUAAAUGCUAUUAAGCAUUUCUUAAAAUUCAAUCUCCAGGAGCUUACAAAAUUAAAAAAAGCCAUAUUUACAUUAGAGAAACUUCUGAUAUUUCGAAACUUAAAAAGCGAUGAUUGCAACACAUCUUUGGAUAUCAUAAAGCAUAUUGUACACGAUUUGGGUACUCACACCAUUCGGAAACAACUGAGAACAAUUUCAGACGUCAAUAAGAUUGAAGUUGUGAGUGAUAUUAAUGAUAUAUCAGUAAACCCUACUUUGACCAAUUUGGAGUUUUAUAAAAACUGCAUCAAUGUAUUGUAUAAAAGCAUUGAACAUUUAUUAGAUCACCAGAUACUUAAAUGGUGGAAACAUUAUGGAGAAUUGUUGGAAAUUAAUAAGAUGUUAAUGAAAAGUACGCCACAGUCGGCUGGCACUGAACUAAAUUUAUCUGAAUCUAAUCGAACUGUAUCAGGAGGUAUUAAUAGUGGAGUAUUUGGAAACUUUCUCGAGGGUCAAAGGAUAAAAAAUGAACAAAAGCUUUUAAGGACCAGUCAUGAUAUAUCAUUAUUAAUGAAAAAAUUGGGAACUGAAAUUACGCAUAGUCAUGAACUAUUGGCUGAAGAGUUGAGCAAUUUUAUGAACUUUAAAGAACCUUUUUUGCAAACUGGAUUUGUUGAGAGAAACAUAAAGGACAAUAUAUACAACCUUAGUGAAAAUCUAUUAUGGAUAACCACAAAAUAUCAAGCAUACGAAAAUAAAUUUCAUAAGAUAUGA